GAUUUCAAUUUAGAUGUGCUAACUUAAUUUUCACUUAACCUCUGUCAGUCGUUGAAAUGUUCCUGUCUGCUUGUUGAAAGGGUCCGCCUUCUGUCAGUGUAAUGGAGCUUGAGCAAAGAAUAUCUGUGCUCAUCACUGGAGCCGGUUCUGGAAUUGGCAGGGCCUUGGCUGUGGCUCUUGCUAAGAAAGGUACAAGCAUAUCUGUGCUCGAUAUUGUUGAGAAAAAUGCCCUGGAGACGCUUGAGAUGGUCAAGCAGGAGUAUGAGAAGCUGCAGGUUGAAGACAAACCUUCUACGAUAUGUAUUCGGUGUGAUGUAGCAAAACCAGAUGAGAUCUCGUCCGCAUUUGAACAGCACAUCGCCGUCUUCAAAAGUCUGGACAUUUGCAUCAACUGUGCUGGAGUAGCUCAUACGAGUGAUUUCAUUGACGACGAGCAGGGGCUUUGGCGUCGACUUGUCGAUGUCAACCUGAAUGGCACAAUAGAGUGCACUCGACUUGAAAUUAAGGCCAUGAAAUCCCUUGGUAAACCAGGAUGUAUCAUAAACUUUGCAUCUGCCUUGGGACUCUAUCCAGCACCAUGUGCACCAAUUUACGCUGCGUCCAAAGCCGGUGUUGUCAUGCUGACAAGAUCACUGGUGAAUCUUCGAAGCGAAGGAAUCCGAGUAAAUGCUGUUUGCCCUGAGUUCGUAGACACACCUAUGGGAAACCUUUUACCAGUUACCAUGAUCGAUGCUGCUGAUGGCUUCAUUCCAAUGGAGAAAGUUAACAAUGGAGUGCUUGAGCUCAUUGAAGACGAGAGCAAAGCUGGAUGCUGCCUAUGGAUAACUCAAAGGCACGGUGUCAAAUACUGGCCUUGCAGUGAGGAAGAGCAAACCUACUCGGAUGAGACUAUUUGUAUUUUUGGGAGCUAGCCUCAUAUUUGAGAGUAUGCACAUAUCUAGACUCCAAAUUGACUAUUCCUUAUAGUGGUCAUUCAUUUAUAAUUUAUA